CACUCAUAAUUUUCUUAAAUUUCGGUAUAAGAAGUGAUGAAAUAGCUACAGUAUCCAAUUAAUAAACCGACUUGUUAAUAAAAUAACUAAAAAGUGCUAUACACGAAAGAUAUUUACAUAUCUCUAUUAUUCGAGUAGAAGCUAUUAAAAUUCCUAAAAAUGUUAAUAAAUUCCAUAAUUUGAAGUGAAAUGAAUUUCACCGAUGGCCUAGAGCCCUCUCUGGGCGAGACGCUCAGCAAUUUAAGCGAAGACACACACUAUGGUUCAUGUUUCGAUGCUUAUGAUCCUGAUUCCGAUCUGAACUUAUUCGAGUUCAUAACCAAUGGAGUGGUCCUCAAUGUGGUUGGGUUGUUGGGAGUGGUCGGAAACGUCCUGAGCAUGGUCGUGCUGUCCAGGCCGCAGAUGAAGUCCAGCGUUAACUGCUUGCUCAUAGGUUUGGCCAGGUGCGACACCAUCCUCAUCCUAACAUCAAUGAUGCUGUUUGGACUGCCAGCUAUAUAUUCGUAUACUGGGAAAUUAUUUUAUUAUUAUUAUUCUAUAUAUCCUAGAAUAUCGCCCUAUGUGUAUCCAGUUGCGAUGAUAGCACAGACGGCGUCUGUGUAUAUCACUAUGACGGUGACUUUAGAACGAUGGGUGGCUGUUUGUCACCCAUUAAGGGCACGAGCAUUGUGCACUCAUGGCAGAGCCAGGUGGCACUUAUGCGCAAUUGCCCUCUUCUGUAUCCUGUACAAUAUUCCUAGAUUUUGGGAAGUCUCCAGUCGAGAAUAUCGAAUACGAGAUACGACGAUACAUUGUGUAGAAGCAAGUGAUCUAAGAGCUGAAAGUCUGUACAUCACAUUAUAUAUACAUUGGUCAUAUUUGGUAUUUUUAUAUUUUAUACCUUUCUCGUCGCUGGCAUGUCUAAAUGCGAUGAUCUACAGGCAGAUUAGGAAAGCUAAUAGAGAACGACAGAGGUUAUCAAG